CCGCUCACGAAACAGUAGACUUGCCACUCAGAUUCGCGCUAGUGUGAACGGAGAGAGACCAGACAGCCUCAAGUCAUGCGACUCAGAAUUCUUGCACCAAUCUUUCAGUCUGAAGCCAUCGACAAUCUCACUAACGGAUGGUCAUGGCGCCUGUCAAGUCUUGGACGGACGCAAGUCACCCAUACCAUAGACCGUUCUGGUGGAAACUGGGCCCGGGCGCCAGGCAGGAAACGGAGGUUAAGAUAGCGCAUGUUGUUCUCGAAAGCACCGCGGCUGGAGAUGGGUGCAGAUUGCUGUGGUCCAUCCAGCUAGCCAUCUUUGGCGAUGUGCUAUCAGUAGAGUGAUGAGGCUCGAGGGUUGGCCUUCGAGAACUGCCACCGGACAAAUGCACUGCAUUAUGCAUCGGGUCAUGCUCCAGUUUGGAUCAGCAAGUAAUGAGAAUGGAUCCCCUGCUCUAUACUCGACGAAGACCCCACGUAGUGUUCAGUAAUGGAGGACACGGCUGCCUCGAGUACGAAUCGUGACUGCCGCAGAAAGCUUCGUUCUCACAGCGCCCGUCACUGGUCUGCGACGGUCUGCGUCAAAGAACAAGCUUUAAAAAGAUGCCCCACACUCCCUCACUUACCACUUGGUGAAAAAUCGGAGCCGACAUGCAUCAUCUCCGGUGUUGCAGUCAUCUUCUGGGUGCACUGGGACCACCCGCCCGCUGCAAAGUCGAUCAAAAUCCACAAUGCCGAUGGGUGAUGAGUCGCAAACCUGACAGCUCGGUGUCGAAGGAGCCUGGAGUCAACGUGCUGCUGGAAAGCCACCUGGCCAUGUGCGGUCCAGAAGUCGUGCUGUGCCUCAACGUCCUUCGUUGAUAGGAUUGCCGUCGCCGUGGAGCACACGCAGGGAUAUG